GCGCUAAGCAAUUUAAAAUCGUGUCUUCUGGCGGCUUUUUUCCUUUUUCUUUUCAUCUCACUCUCCCUCGACUUGAGCUGUCUUUUCCAUCGUACUGCCGUUUGUAUAGAUUCUGUAUUCAGCAUUCGACACGAUGGAUGUCUUCUGGGCAGCUCCCCCGAUCUCCAGAACGUUAACUGCAUUUGCUUUCGUCGAAUCUUUGGCAGUCCAUGGCAAAUUUAUGCCCUUUUGGAGAAUUCAUUUCUCUCCUAAACUUAUUUUUUUCACAUUUCUACCGGAACCAUGGAGACUCAUCACUCCUUUUUUCCUCACCGGUCCAGGACUCAGUUUCCUCUUUGAUCUAUACUUCCUGUACACGUAUGCAAGCGGACUAGAGAGGGGUUCUCCACGCUUCGCUCUACCAGGUGACUUUACUGUCUACCUUGUCUUCGUGUGUACUGUCAUCAUGAUCACAGCGUACUACUGCACAGGAGCCUCUAUAUUCACGCGGGGUCUUAUAAUGGCCCUGACUCACACCUGGGCACAGGCAAAUCGUGGGAGAAUCGUUACAUUCUACGUGAUCCAGAUCAAGGCUGAAUUGUUACCACCGUGUCUCCUUGUGAUCGACAUAGUGAGCGGCGGCUGGUAUGCUGCUGUCAUUGACAUGAUCGGAAUUUUUGCAUCCCAUUUGUAUGACUUCCUUACUCGCCUCUGGCCGAUCUUUGGCGGAGGAACCAACUACCUCAAAACCCCAGGGUUCCUGCACCGGCUUUACGGCACAACAGUCAGAGAACAGCGGUCUCGUGGACUCGGCCCAUCUCAUAGCUCAUCUGGUCAGACCUCUGGACAAUCUUCGUCAAGAGAAGACUCCGCUGGAUCUGCCUGGAGUAUGAGAGGCGCUGGACGGAGGCUAGGUGGCGAUUGAUCUAUCCUGUAGCCCAGUCCAUAUUGUGUCGACGCGCACGAACUCAUGAUAUCCACUGUGCACUUAAAUACAAUAACAUCAAAUAUAACAAUAGCAUACAUACAGA